CGUGUGAGCUUUUGUUUUGCUUUUUUGUUGGUCUGCAACGAGCACCGUCUGGAGAGGCAACGCUCGAGUUUACGACUUUGUUAACAUCAAUAUAUCGUGUUUUAUUGCGAUUGCAUCUACAGCAGAAUUCCCUUUGUGGUUCUGACGGGAGUUAGAUGUUCGUGAUAGCGGAUUUGCCUUUAUUUCAAAGUAAACCUUGCAUAAGUACUUAGCGAGCAUGUUUUUAUUUAAAUUCCCGACGUUUAAUGGAGGUUUACAGGUUUGUUGUUUUCCAUUUAUAUAACGUUUUUUUUUCUGAUCCAUUAUGAAACAAAGUAAAGGCCUUAAACACCAGAUAGGAGUGUGAAUCAUCGCUCUAUCCUUUUGUGCUGCAGUGAGUGGAGGGGCUGAUGCAAAUCCCAGCUGUCUUCUAGCAACUAAAGGUGGACUGUCCAUCACAAGACAAUAGAUACUGGACCUCAGGACCGGCUCGCUUUGAGGCGAUAUCACUCAUCACUCAUCACCAUACGGCCGUACUGUUGGCAUGAGUCACACUUAAACCAACAUCCCUCGUUCUCCCAGGCAUCACUACCUGAAGCGAACAGAAAACCACACCAGAUCUCAGCAGGGCAGACCAGGUUGAGAGAGAGAGAGCGACGCCGCCUCUGCACGUUUCCCCGCGCUGCCACCUCACCUCUCAUCUUCUCCUGACCAAGACACUUCUAGAGUCCAGCAGCUUGGCACCACUGGGACUGGACUGAAGGCCCAGAGGUUCCCCCGCUGGAGCGCGAAUUCGGGCCUGGCGAUGCCUCAGCCCAGCGUCAGUUGGAUGGAGCCUCCCUUUGGGGACGACUUUCAGAACUUCUCCUUUGCUGACCAAGCGCUGACCAGCACAGAGCUGCUCGCUACCAGCGCCGACCCAGAUUUCAUGUACGAGCUGGACCGAGACAUGAGUCACCGGCAGAGUCCCUACGGAGACAGUGUGGUGGGAGUCACUGACGGUGCGAAGGAGAUGGAAGGCAGCAUGGACCAGCUGAUGAGUCUGGGCGAGUGUGAGACCGUCUGCAGCAGCUCGGCGUUCGAACAGUGGGACUCGUACUGGGAAGACCUCACCAGAUACACGCGGCUGACCAGCUGUGACAUCUGGGGAACCAAGGAAGUGGACUUCCUGGGCUUGGAUGACUUCUCCAGCCCGUACCAGGACGAGGAAGUGAUCGGGCAGACGCCCACACUAGCUCAGCUCAACAGCGAGGACUCGCAGCCCGUCUGCGAGGCGCUGUACCCGCACGCCGACCAGACGCUUCCCGCCGCUCAGUCGCAGCCCCUCCAGCUUCCGGGUCCCGGCGUGAGAGCCCUGGUCCGCAGCCAGGGCUCGGGCCCGGGCGUCGCUCGGCCCUCCCCCGGCGCCGCGUCCUCCUCGUACACGUCACAAAGCCUUCUCCCUGACUUCCCUGAAGGCUCCCAGAGAGCCACCAGGCCUGUGGCCUCCUGCACUGAAACCAUGGCCAAAACCCAGACUCACUUCACACCGGAUCAGACGCACCUUAAAAUCAAGACCCAGGGGCCGGGGGCCGAGGUGGCCGCGCUGCCGGCCAGCGGCUCAAACUUUGUGCGGAAGGCCAAAGUGCACCUAAGUUCGGUCAGUAAAGUUCAACCUGAAAUCCUCACUCAGACUGACUUCGAGAGGCCGGACUCUCCUCCGACCUCUCAGGUCCGAGACAAGGCCUCAACCUCGGCCGCCCUGGUGGACCUGCCCGAGCGCCGACCGGAGGUGAAGAGAGAAGGGACGUGGGACACACCCGUUCCCGAUCUGGUGGAGUCCAGCCAGAGUCCCGAGGACGAGCGCUCCGGGACGCUGACCGGCGAGGAUAGUCUGGCCGGCGCCAGCGGCGGCAUCGUUCUGGUGGUGGAGGGCGCCGAGAAGAGCAAGGAGGAGGAGCACAACUACUCUCUCUUCCUGACGCGCAGCAGACUCGCCGGCAGAACGCACUCCCAGCUGGAGGAGGACGAGGAAGAGGAGGACGACGAGGAAGAGGUGGAGGAGGAGGAAGAGGAGGAGGAAGGCGACGGGCUGGAGCUUGACGACGAAGACCACGACGAGGGAUUCGGCAGUGAGCAUGAGCUGUCUGAGAACGAGGAGGAGGAGGAAGAGGAGGACGAUGACUACGAGGCAGACAAGGACGACGACAUGAGCGACGCCUUCUCUGAACCAGGCUGCGACAUGGAGCUGGUGGACGACAUCAACGGGCUGACAGCCGGAGUGUCGAGCCGGAAGAGAGGGAAGCGCCGCUACUUCUGGGAGUACAGCGAGCAGCUGACCCCGUCCAAACAGGAGCGCAUGCUGAAGCCGUCCGAGUGGGACAGACACACGCUACCCAGCAACCUGUACCAGAAGAACGGGCCGCUGCACGGAAAGUACAUGCUGAAGAAGUCCCGCCGCACAGACGUGGAAGACCUGACUCCCAACCCUCGGAAGCUGCUGCAGAUCGGCACAGAGCUCCGCAAACUGAACAAGGUGAUCAGCGACCUGACGCCUGUCAGCGAGCUGCCGCUCACGGCCCGGCCCUGGUCCCGCAAGGAGAAGAACAAGCUGGCGUCCAGAGCCUGCCGUCUAAAGAAGAAGGCCCAGUAUGAGGCCAACAAGGUGAAGCUCUGGGGCCUCAGCACCGAAUACGACCGACUUCUCUUCGUCAUCAACGCCAUCAAGGAGGAGAUCGUGGUACGUGUGGAGGACACCACGCCUCGCUCCACCAACAUGGCCGACACUUUGGAGCGGCUCAUCCAGGAGACGCUCGUGUCACCACCUGUCGCAGGACAAACCUCCGACUUUGUCAACAAGAUUCUGGAGAACACGGGGCGCGGAGAUCCCACCGGCGGACUGGUGGGCCUGAGAGUGCCCACCUCCAAGAUCUAAGCGGACAGGAAGUCCACCGCGAGGAGCGAACUCAUUCCGCCACCGUGCUGUUCUGUUGUAACUAUGCUCCCUCUGCAUGCCCCUCCCGCCCAGAGUCCAUACACAUUUUAGCCCCGCCUGUGCGGCCUCACACCCGAGCUUUCUGACUCUGUUCUCGGCGUCUCACCGUCUCCGCCCCGUCAUGAGCGUCUGUAGGGAAGAGCGUGUGUCGAGGUGAAGCCUGUAGCUAGAAGUCCUUCCUCCAUCCGUGGUGGUGACUCCACUUGUUUGUCGUCUCAUGGUGGCGUGUUUCCAAUCCGCUGGGAUGGCGUCUCACACACACACACACUCGGAACGGUUCUUCCUGUCCGGUUCCGAAGCUCCAGUUGAGAACUCGCCAGAGUAAACAGACGGCCGAGCCUAUCUGGUGUUGAAGGCCAAGAUAUGCUCGAGCAAAUCUAAAGCCUCGACUGAGGACGUGGUGUGUGUGGUUAGGCCUGGGUGGCUGGCUUAACCGGACCGAACUUAAUGGGCAUUUAGCAGGUUCUGAGGACGUGGGGACGACGGUGGUGCUGACCUUUGCCACCGUCUCCUCAGCGAACUGUACAUAACAGGGCAGCGGCUUCUCUCCCUGUCCAGUGGAGACGACCCGGCGAAUAGUUUGCUGUGUUCAUUCUAGUGUGUUCGGAGUUCUAUUCAUCGUGCCUUGUGUAUGUAUGUAUGUGUGUGUGCGUGCGUGCCUGCGAGCGCGAGAGGAGCUGUGAUUGGUCGGAACUCCUCAGGGGUCCGGCCAUCAGAAGACUACUUUACUGAGCAAGCCGAGUGCAGGGAGCCAGAUAGAGAAAGGUUGUUUUUUUUGUUGUGAUUUUCACUUCGAGAUAUUUUGAAUGUAAAUAAAGCGGAAGCUCUUGUCGCGCGAUGCCACAGAGUCUGUGUAAAUAGGAGGGGCUCUGCAAUAGACGACUCAUGGUUUUUGGUACUCUUGUCUUUGGAGCGGCAGAUCGUCUAGAGUUACGAAAAAACAAAAUAUUUGCACACUAUGUUUUUUUUUUUUUUUUUUUUUUGUACCAAAGACA